AGCACUCAGAACAAUAAAACAAUGACCCACACAUACAUAGAAUACUCCGUCCAAAACCCCCUAAACCGGGAACCACCCGUCAAAACCCUCGUCGCGAGCUUCAUCACCCCGGAAGAUAUCUCCUACGACCGCAACCAUGGCCCCAUCCCGCAUCUCACCGCAGACACCCACACCGUCCGGAUAGACGGCACCGUCCCCAGCCCACUCUGCCUAUCCAUCCAUCAACUCCAAACCGAGUUCCCCCAGCACGAAGUCAUCUGCGCUCUAGAAUGCGCGGGGAACCGGCGGCAUGCCAUGCGCACACUGCUGAAGGAAGUCCAGGGGAUUGACUGGGGCGAUGCAGCUGUCAUGAACUGUCAAUGGAAGGGUCCGAGAUUGAGGGACAUUCUCCUCCGGGCUGGGGUGACGCCGGACCUGAAUCGGGGGUUAUAUGUUGCGUUUUCAUGCUACCAGGUACAGUGUCAGGAUGCCGAUUGGUUCGGGAGUAGUGUGGAGUUGAAGAGAUGUCUGGACGAGGAUAUGGAUGUUAUUCUUGCUUUGGAGAUGAACGGUUCGCCGCUCUCGCCCAACCACGGCUACCCAGUCCGAGUGGUCCUCCCCGGGGUUGCGGGUGCCAGGUGGGUCAAGUGGCUCGAUCGGAUCACCGUGCAAGACCAUGAAUCGUCCAAUUUCUACCAGCAGCACGAUUACAAGAUCCUGCCGCCGGAUGCGGUCGAUAGUACUUCCGCGGAGCCCUAUUGGGGUCGCAUACCUGCUAUGUGUGAUAUGCCGGUUAACUCGGUGGUGGGGGUGCCAGAACAUGGGGAAACGGUUCAUCUUUCGGACUCGGGUACUGUUGAGGUGAAGGGGUAUGCGGUGCCGCAUGGCGCCGAUGGCCCGGUUACGGGUGUGCAGGUUUCUGCUGAUGGAGGGGAGACAUGGGUGGAUGCUGAGAUUGAGGGUUCGUCCACUGAGAGGAAAUGGGGUUGGGUUUUGUGGAGGGCGAGGGUCAGUGUUGAGAGAGGGACAAGAAGGGAGAUUCUAAGUCGCGCGUUUGAUAGGGGUGGGAAUGUGCAGCAGGCGCAUUCGCAGUGGAAUCUGAGGGGUGUGGGGUAUAAUGGGUAUGGAAGGGCAAGUGAUCUCACCGUUGUUUAGCAAAUGAGUUAUCGGGCAUAGGUGUUGGCAUUGGCGUUCAAUGAUCAUUCAAGCAUAUCUAAA